AUGGACGUUAUUCACCCAGCGAGAGGAGAACAUUCCGGCGAGGAAUCCUCCUCGCAUGAGCUGAAAGAUCUCACUUCGGCCAGGCGGCUGGGGGGAAAAGCAGCAGCAGCAGCAGCAGCAGCGGAGGAACAGACUGCAUUGGAGGCGCAAGACCAGAAACCCCAGCAGCAGCAGCAGCAGCAGCAGCAGCAGCAGCAGCAGCAACAAUCCCAGCAACAGCAGCAGCAGCAGCAGCAGCAGCAGCAGCAGCAGCAGCAGCAGCAGCAGCAGCAGCAGCAGCAGCAGCAGCAGCAGCAGCAGCAGCAGCAGCAGCAGCAGCAGCAGCAGCAACAGCAACAGCAGCAGCAGCAGCAACAAUCCCAGCAGCAGCAGCAGCAGCAACAGCAACAACAAUCAAAGCAGCAGCAGCAGCAGCAGCAACAGCAACAACAAUCCCAGCAACAGCAGCAGCAGCAGCAACAGCAACAGCAACAGCAACAGCAACAGCAACAGCAACAGCAACAGCAACAGCAACAGCAGCAGCAGCAGCAGCAGCAGAAGCAGCAGCAGCAGCAGCAGCAGCAGCAGCAGCAGCAGCAGCAGCAGCAGCAGCAGCAGCAGCAGCAGCAGCAGCAGCAGCAGCAGCAGCAGCAGCAGCAGCAGCAGCAGCAGCAGCAGCAGCAGCAGCAGCAGCAGCAGCGACAGCAAUCCCAGCAUCAGCAGCAAUGUAACCAGCAGAAACGCAAAUCCUCACCUCUCUCUACUUCUUGCCCCAAAUAUCGCGGAGUGCGGCAGAGAAAGGCAGGCCACUGGGUGGCAGAAAUAGAGGACACAGCUAACAAUGUGCGCAAGUGGCUCGGAACAUUUUCCACUCCUGAAGCUGCUGCCCGUGCAUUCGAUCAAGCUGCCCGGGAGCUCCGCGGGCCCCGCGCAAAGACGAAUUUUCCGCUGCCCGAGGAGCAGGCGGGCAGUGGUGGAGAGAGGGAUUAUGACAGGGAGAGGGCCUUAAGGAGAAGACCCUCAAAAGGAGCUGUGGAUGUACGUGGGGUUUUUUAUUCUGCUGUUGGUAAUAAGAAUGAUGAAAAUGUGGGUGGGAUGUGCCAUGGUGAUGGUGAGCGUUUGCUUCUCGGGGAUGAUCUGGAAGAGGGACCGGAAGCAGGAGGAGCAAGCAAUAUGGCAGUGGUGAUUGGGGAUGCUCUGGGAAUCACAGAGGCGGAGCGUUUGGUGCUCGGGAAUGCCCUGGAAGAGACACGGGCCGUGGGAGGAGCAAGAAAUCUGGCAGCGCUGAUUGGAGGAGAAGAAGCAGUGGUCGCAGGAGGAGAAGAUGAUCGGGCAGAGCUGAUCAAAGGCGAGCAUGAGCUGCGACCAGAUGGCUUUGGGUGUGCUGGGGACAGGAAGCUGGCAGGGCAGACUGGAGAGACAUGGGAGGAAGGGGAGCGUGGGGAGAAGUCCAGGAAGGAAGGAGAGGAAGGGAUGCAAGGGGAUGCAGAGGAGUGGGAUGUGGUGCUGAGUCACAUGCAGGAGGUUGCUGCUACUGCUUCUUCUGAAUGGCAUUGGGUGUGCCGGGGACAGGAAGCUGGCAGGGCGGCCAGGAGGGAAGAGGAGCGUGAGGAGAAGUUCAGGAAGGAAGGAUCGGAAGGGGUGCAAGGGGAUGGAGAGAAGUGGGAUGCAGUGACGAGUCACAUCGAGGAGUUUUCUGCUGCUCCAUCUGCAGAGUCAGGCAAUGCUGGGCUGGAUGCUUGGAUGCUGGAGGACCUAGUGUCGCUUGACGGGUUGACUCUAGAGGGUGUGACUGUAGAGGGUGUGACUGUGGAGGGUAUGACUGUGGAGGGUAUGACUGUGGAGGGUGUAACUGUGGAGGGCGUGGAGGGCAUGACCUUGGAGAGAAUGACUGUGGAGGGAGUGACUGUGGAGGGUGUGGCUGCGGAGGGUGUGACUGCGGAGGGUGUGACUGUGGAGGUUAUAAUUGUGGAGGGUGUGACUGUGGAGGGUGUGGCUUCAAAGGGGGUCACUGUAGAAAGUGUGCCAGCAGCAGGUGCUGCACUGGAUGAUGCAGCUUAG